AUGCCGGACUACCGUCAGAUUAGAGGUGAAGCAGGAGACCUUUUUCUGGAACGGCCGGACGCUGACAAGUCUACCUUCCCCGGUACUUCGUGGAGCCGACGUCUGAGAAAUUGCGUUGCGUCCCAGGGCCGUCCAGCCAAGCACAUACAGCAACGCCAACGCUCACCGCCAUAUCUCUCGAAGCUUCCCCGCGUGCCCGCACCAUCCCGCGGUUGCCGCCGUGAUCGCGCCCCCGGCCGCUUCAAUGGCGAUUAUGGACUCGCUCGAGAACGUCGGCACUGUCGAGACCGUCGGCACCGUCGAGACCGUCGCCGGCGCCGGCGCCGCGGAUCCGAGCCCCUCCUCCGCAGGCGACGCGCCGGAGGAGGAUCGGAGCCGGCCGCGACCGGCGCCGAGGACGCGGCCGAGGAUUCGCGCGGCGGCGACUCCGCGGCCAAAUCGGCUCGCUGCGACGACGGGGAUCACGGCGGCGGCGGCGGCGAAAGCCCGGCGGAGUCGGCGAAUUCCGCGAGCAACGAGAAGGCCGGGGCAGGGGAAGGCGGAGGGCGGGAUGCGGUGGCGAAGUUCGCGUACCGGCCGUCGGCUCCGGCGCACCGGACAGUGAGAGAGAGUCCUCUUAGCUCCGAUAAUAUAUUCAAGCAGAGCCAUGCAGGUCUCUUCAACCUCUGUAUAGUAGUGCUUGUUGCGGUUAACAGCAGACUUAUCAUUGAGAACCUAAUGAAGUAUGGAUGGUUAAUUAAAUCGGGUUUCUGGUUUAGUUCAAGAUCAUUACGAGAUUGGCCGCUUCUCAUGUGUUGCCUCUCACUACCGGUUUUCCCCCUUUCUGCUUUUUUUGUGGAGAAGCUGGCACAACAUAAGUAUCUUCCAGAGCCAGUUAUUGUCUGUCUCCACAUUAUUAUUACAACAGCCUCCGUUCUUUAUCCAGUUCUUGUGAUCCUCAGAUGUGAUUCCGCUGUUCUAUCAGGUGUCACGCUGAUGCUUUUUUCCUGCAUUGUGUGGCUAAAAUUGGUAUCAUAUGCUCACACAAGCUAUGACAUGCGGUCUCUUGCCAAGUCAGCUGAGAAGGAGAAGGGUGACGUUGUUCCUAAUUCUUUGAAUUUGGAGUACUUGUACGAUGUUAACUUCAAGAAGUUGGUCUACUUCAUGGUCGCUCCUACAUUGUGUUACCAGCUCAGCUAUCCUCGCACUUCAUGCGUCCGAAAAGCUUGGGUGGCUCGCCAACUUGUCAAGUUAGUGAUAUUCACAGGAGUCAUGGGGUUUAUCAUUGAACAGUAUAUAAAUCCUAUUGUCCAGAACUCACAACACCCUUUGAAAGGAAACCUUUUAUAUGCCAUUGAGAGGAUUUUGAAGCUUUCAGUUCCAAAUCUAUAUGUGUGGCUCUGCAUGUUCUACUGUUUCUUCCACCUCUGGUUAAAUAUACUUGCAGAACUUCUUCGCUUUGGUGACCGUGAAUUCUAUAAAGACUGGUGGAAUGCAAAAACAGUGGACGAGUACUGGAGACUGUGGAAUAUGCCUGUUCACAAAUGGAUGAUUCGCCACAUAUAUUUGCCUUGUUUGAGAAAUGGGAUACCAAAGAUGGUUGCUGUUUUGAUUGUCUUUUUAGUGUCUGCCAUCUUCCAUGAGUUGUGCAUCGCCGUCCCUUGCCACAUAUUCAAGUUUUGGGCAUUUAUUGGCAUUAUGUUCCAGGUUCCUCUGAUGCUGUUCACCAAUUACCUUCAAGAUAAGUUCAACAACUCAAUGGUGGGGAAUAUGGUCUUCUGGUUCAUAUUCUGCAUUCUCGGCCAACCAACGUGCCUCCUCUUGUACUAUCAUGACUUGAUGAACCGAAAAGGGAAAAUUACUUGAGCUCUUGCAACUCCUCUCGCCGGAAAAUGGAGCUGGUUAGUCCCAGACUGCGAUUUCAGGCUCCCCGCUGUAUCUUCACUCUGUAUGUAUUCAUCACAAGUUGCGGGUUACUUGUAAAGAAAGGGGGGGAAAGCAAUUUCUUUAAGCACGAUGACUAGUGUGGCGAUGACUAGUGCCACAGUCGGAAGCAACAAGCCGACUAUCGUAAUAACUAAAAAGCAGAGAAUGGGCACUGAUUCAGUAUCGCAUCGUCUUGUCUUGGUUAUGGCUCUUCUCAUCUGUGUUCAGCUCUGUAAUGUUCAAGCGAGAUUUUUCAUCUACUUCUCAAUUUACCUUCACUUUAGUGAUUCCAACA